AUGGCGACGAAGCGUCCUCGCUUGGACGCAGAAGACGACCCAGGACCAAACUCGCAAAGACAAAGCGACGACGUCAAGAUGUGGCUGCACGACGCGCAGCAAACGCUGACAAAGACGUAA